AUGGAUCAAAUGGCUCUUAUCGAUGCACAAGUUCAUUUCCUAGAGGAACGGAUUGUACUGGUACACAUCCCAUUGGAGCUGUAUCCCUACUUUAUAAAGUCUGUUUUAAGACUCAUUUAUGAUGAAACUCCUCCACUGGAAGAUGAAACAGAUGAUGAUACAUCUGAUGAUUUCGAACAUGCUUCUGAGCAUGGCUCGUACAAACCACCUACAUUUAUGAAUGUCUCCAUCACUCCAGUCGAAGUCUCUGUCAUGUGUCCUAGACGUCUAAUCGAUAAAUACUUCGUUCCAGUCAUGGACCAACUCGACCAGUUAGAUGCCUCACUCCGAUCCCGUCUGGUCGUGAGCGAGAAUGACUAUAUAGCCAUGCAAGUCCUCGGCGAAGGCCUCGAGGCCGGCAAGCGAGUCUUGGAAUUGACCAGUCCACUUGCCCUGGCAGGCAUUUCCAUCUUCUUCAUCUCAACCUACUUCUCCGACUACAUCAUAGUCCCCCAGAGAAGCAAAGCAAGCGUAAUAACCACCCUGGAAGAAAAGGGCUUCCAAUUCAACAACACCUCAGCCUUCAUCACCAACCCCCUAAGUCCAACAAUCGAAAGAAGACUCAGCGACCUCAUCCCACCAGGCACACCCCCACCAUCAACUCUAGCCGAACUCCAAACCCGCACCUUCAACAACCUCCGCAAAAACCAAAUCACCCCAUCAGUAGACCACACUCUACGUCUAGUCCAGUGUGCAGCCCACCACGAAUACCACACUCAAGAAUCCUCACUGUCCAUCCUCCGCAACCCCCUAACAACAGUCCUCCUCCUCGAUGAACCCCGCUUUCUCUCCCUAACCCUCGCAUCCCUCGACCCAGCAGCAUCACUACUCAUAGAGAAGCGUCUCCUCCCCCGCUUCGCACGCCAAGGAACUUCCUACGAAGACGGCUCAGGUCUCCUCCUAGGCUCAAAAGAAGACCAUCUCAUCCCAAUCACCCUUGACCUCCGCGACCUCCCCCUCGAAGCAUCAGGUAUCGUCUGCGGUGUCGCUGGUCGUCUCGCAGACGCUGCUACCGCACCCUCAUUCGGUACCGUCGAUAGCGGUGCUAGUAGUGUAGUCGGAUCAGUGCCUAGAUCAUUCGAUUCGUUCGGUACGCGUCUUGAGGCGCUGUCGAUCGAUAAAUCUUCCACCUCUGCGCAUGCUUUGUUGCCAUCGACGCAUCAUCUACAGCCUGAUGUGGAUGUUGCUGAUGCUGUUGAGAUUAGUUUCUUGAGUACCGCGCGCGCGGGUACGAUUAUUGUUGGUGAGCAUGAACUUCGGAGGGCUAUUGAUGCUCUUGAGGAGGAGAAGAUGCAGUCGUCUGGUGAGGGUCGGUUGGAGUUGUAG